AUGUGAGCAUCUCUGCAUCAUCAUCUUUACAGAGCAAAGGGAAUAUUUCCUUAUUGGGAAACAGGAAGGUUUUCUUUGACACUCAUGCGCUGGUGUGCCUCUUGGAAGAAAAUGGGUUCACUGCUCGGCAGUCGGAGGUCAUUGUAUCUGCAUUAGUGAAAAUUAUGAACACCAACCUGGAUAUGAUUUACAAGGACAUGGUCACCAAAGUACAGCAGGAAAUUGCACUUCAGGAAGUAAUGUCCCAUAUUGGUGGUGUGAAAAAAGACAUGAUUAUUUUGGAAAAAAGUGAAUUUUCAGCACUUCGUUCAGAAAAUGAGAAAAUAAAACUUGAACUCCAGCAGAUAAAGAAGCAAGUCAUGGAUGAAAUUGCCAAAGUUCGUGCAGAUAACAAGUUAAACCUAAACCUAGAGAAGAGCAGAGUAAAAGAAUUGUACUCACUUAAUGAAAGAAAACUACUUGAAAUCAAGACAGAAAUAGUGGAAUUGCAUGCACAACAAGAUCGAGCUGUGACCAAAACAGACAGAAAAAUAGACACAGAAGUUGCAGAUCUGAAAACAAUGCUGGAAUCGCACAAACUUGAUAACAUUAAGUACUUAGCAGGUUCAAUAUUUACAUGCCUUACUGUAGCACUGGGAUUUUAUCGCUUAUGGAUAUAAUAAAACAUCACUUUAAAGGGAUUUCUACUGUCUUGGUUUCUGAAAAAAAGAAGUUUUAUCUUUGCCUGGACUU